AUGAAUUGCACAACCCAGAAAGAUUUUCAUCUCUUUGCAUUUUCCCGCUCUGGGGAAUUUCAACCUUUAUUUUUUAUAGGACUUUUAAUUAUCUACCUAACUGCUGUGCUGGGGAACAUGAUGAUUAUUGUGCUUGUAUGUCUGGUAUCCCAGCUGCACACCCCCAUGUACUUCUUCUUGUGCAACUUAGCAGUUCAGGACAUUAUCUUUGUCUCUGCUUUCCUGCCAAAGCUGAUGUCCAUCACAAUCACAGGCGACACCAGCAUUUCUUUUCCCAGCUGUAUAACACAGAUUUUUCUGUUCACAUUCUGCAUUAGUAUAGAUAUUUUCUUAUUGGCCACUAUGGCUUAUGAUCGCUAUGUGGCUAUUUGUAUUCCUCUACGUUACUACCUCAUCAUGAAUCCAAGAGUGUGCGUCCUGCUGGUGACAGUGGCAUGGAUUUUGUAUAUUCCUAAUUCAACGUGCUACUCUUUGCUUUUAUCGGGUUUAUCAUUCUGUAAGUCACGAGAUCUUAAUCAUGUUUUUUGUGAACUUAAAAUACUCAUGGAGAUCUCAUGCAGUGACACGUCACAUGUAAAACAAUUGAUGUCAGUUGAAAUACCUUUUACAGGGAUUCUUCCAUUUGUACUGAUCUUAACAUCCUAUGUGUAUGUCAUAACUUCUAUUAUAAAAUUGCAAACCUCAGCUGCUAGACUCAAGGCUUUUUCCAGCUGCUCCUCACAUCUAACAGUGGUAUUGCUCUUAUGUGGCACCUGUAUUGGGAUUUACAUUAAACCAGAUUCAGAGAAUUCUCAAGAACAAGAGAAAUUUCUUUCAUUGCUUUAUAUUGGUGUUGUUCCAAUGUUAAAUCCACUAGUGUACAGCCUGAGAAAUAGGCAGGUGUGGACAGCUGCAAAGAUAUUAUUUGAAAGAUAUGUACCUGAAACAUUAUUAAAGUAUGAUUCUGUUCACAACAGGGCACAGUCCUAA